UGGAAGAAGAGACUCGACUUACUCACAUCAAGCGGAUCGCGACAACGAAGCUGCUGCAACAUUCAAGCGACAGAUUUUCGUUGUCACCCGUCCGCCUACCCCCUGCUUGGGAUGCGACGUUGACAAAGGGAUGACAGCCAAGGGAGCAAUUCUGCCUCGUCGUUUAUGCAACUGGAGACCGCAGACGGUGAGCUACGUAGUAAAGUGCUGCUGCACUUCCUUCCUUUUCCUCUUCCUCUUCCUCUUCUUCUUCUUCUUCACAUGGUUGCUCUAACUCCGGUUUGUUCCCCUAUCGGUCUAGUGCAAGUAACAUUUAGAAACCCUGCAUUACGGAUGGCAUCAUUUGUGAGAGUGCCCGUCAUCACUCGGUUGUUAGGCUGGGAAUGGCUGGCUUCGUCAACCACAACCACUCGAUAUUUCGUGUCUCGCCACUCUUUCGUCCCAUGUCGAACACCCACCCACCUUGAUCAGAUCCAACUUGGGCCACCCCCAAGAGGAGGAUAAACUUCUCGGUUCAUGUUAUGCAGAUACCAUACCGUUUAGCUCAGAUCACAGGCUCAUCCCAUGUUCGAUAAACCUCCCCCGGGUUCACCCCUCCUCGCCCGUGUGCUUGCAGAGUUCCCUUGUCCGCAAGAUCUUGGGCGAGUUCUUGUCGCCUGAUGAUCAGCCUAGCAU